GUCGAUAGGUAAAUACCAUACAGACUCAGUUAUCGAUAAAAAAUUGCCAGCUGUGCAACAUUUGCUCUGGUGGCCGUAUUACUUUUUUUCUUUUUAUACAUUUAUAAAAAAUAUGCUGCCCAAACUAAAAAUAUCCGCAUUCCUGCUGAAGCGCCUGGAGCGAACAAAGCAGCAGUGCAGUGGUUGCUUAUUUGGAGUUUUCUAUGGAGAAGGUACCUUACUCCUUCUGAGUUUCAACAUUGAGUCCAGUUUGGGACAGCUGAACUACGAGCAGAUCCAACACAGAUUUCCGGCGGAACUGGAUCUAUGCGGACUGGUCAAGUUUGGUGGUUGCACCGAUGGCGAGGCGCACCUUAAUGAGGUCAUCAAAUCAGUGGAUAUCACCGAUAAUCCCAUCCUAUUGCAAUGCGAAUUGGGCACCUUGGUGGGCCUGCGGGCCUCGUUUUUCGUCCACGGAAAGCUGGAGGAGGUACCCUACGAGGUUAUGGAGGCAUAUCAGUUGUACAACGACUUCUGCUUCACCCGGCUGCAGUGCGGAUUCUUUCUGCAAACGGCCGCCACACCGGAAUCCGUGUCCCGGGAAAUGCAUGUGCUGCGCAAAAGGGUAGCCGACGGAAAUCUAGUGUUUAACGUUCCGCAGACAAAGAUUUUCAUUAAUAACAACGGUCCACUGGACAAACAGCUUAGCGGCGAUUCCCAAAUUCAGGAUCUUAUAGACGUCAUUCCCACUCCAGGACAUGAAAAGGAGACUGCCAGUGUCGACAAAAAGAAGCCCAAAGGUCAGAACACGCCAGUCAAGAGACUGGCUCCGACUGGCUGUGACUACGAGGUGAUCCACAUAGAUGUGAUGCGGUCGCGUAGUCGUGAUCCCGUGGCCGGAGAACCACCUCAUCCGGCACUCAGCAUUGCUGUGACCAGUGAGGAACAGAUCCGAGUCCAGGUACCAUUAGAGAUCGAAGCCAUGGCCAUUCUCUGCCGCAAGACGAAGCUCCAACGGCUAUACGACGUGCUCAUUGAAAGCAUCUGCAGAGGUCUCAGAUUGUUCGAAUUGAGCCUGAUUGAGCAUCUCACGGAGUCGGGAAGUGGAAAGCUGCUGGUGCCCGCUAGCUAUCACUUCUACCCACAAGAGUUUGGUCACUUCGUGAGCUGCGCAUAUCUGGAAGGUCUGAGUGACGAUACACCAAGCAUGCUAGAGAGACGCAAGCGCCUGCAUCGACAGUUUGCUUUGCCCGUCAGUCGUCCUUAUUUCCGCAGGUCCAACCAGAUGCGUUUCCUAGGUGAAACGGAGGACGCACCAUGGACUCCGCUGCUAAAUACCCACAUUGGAUUACGUCCCAGUGGAGUUGUCGACGGCAAAGAGUACUUAGUGAAUGGUAACUACCAUUACUAUCAUUACCUGCAACAGCAGGUGCAGGACAAGGGAUGGGGAUGCGCCUAUCGCUCGCUGCAGACGAUCUGCUCCUGGUUUGUGCUGCAGGGUUAUACGAACGCACCGAUUCCGACUCAUCUGGAGGUGCAGGAAUACCUUCACAAGAUCAACGACAAACCUGCUGCAUUCGUGGGGUCUUCUCAGUGGAUUGGCUCCACAGAAAUCAGCAUGUGUCUGCAGGGAUUCCUUAACGUGGACUCAAAGAUUCUGCACGUAGCCUCUGGAGCUGAGCUGGCCACUAUUGCCUCUGAGCUGGCGAUGCAUUUCCAAACGCAAGGAACACCGGUGAUGAUUGGUGGCGGUGUGCUGGCCCACACCAUUAUCGGAGUAGACUACUGCGUGCAGACGGGUCAGGUGAAGUUCCUCAUCUUGGAUCCCCAUUAUACAGGUGCCGAUGAUUUGGCCACCAUUCAAAUUAAGGGUUGGUGCGGCUGGAAGGGCAUGGACUUCUGGGCCAAGGGCAGCUACUACAAUCUCUGCAUGCCCCAGCGGCCCAUUUUGUAUUAGGUUGAGCUAGCUUCUUUUCCAUUCGCAUUUAGGUAGGCGAGGAUGUUUCGAUUUGCUUAUAGGACUUAUAGGACGUAUAGGACUUUCUAAAUCUUUAUUAUUGGGUAAAUAAAAUUAUUUUGUAUGCA